AUGCGUCAUACAGGAGCUCGAUUGCUAGCUCUUCUACUCGUGGCUCUGACGGUACUAGCAGCUGCUGCCACAGCAGAACCAGAGCCGAAGGAAGUGACGGCCGACAUGGACGGCGAUCUGCUGGUUCAGGACGAAGAGACGCUCGAAGCAGCCGACGCUUUGGACGGAACAGAAGGAGCCGGUUCCGACUCGGAACUCGACCCGCGUCUGACGCUUGAGGCCAUGGAGAAGAUCUUUGCCAAGUUAUCGGCCAGGUGUCUCUUGGAGCUCCAUGAAAAGUCGUCGGACCUUUCUAAGGUGUCCGAUCGCUGUCGCAUGGAAGUGGCGAGUCGCGUUCAGCGCUAUUUGGCGCGUCUGGACAAGGAGGACAAGGGAGAGGCUGAAGAAGAGGAGGAAGAGCAGAAGAAGAAGAAGAAGACGGAUGCGAAAUCGCAGAAGAAGAAGGGUCGCAAGGGCAGGAAGCAAACGCGUGCUCGGCGGGAGGCUGUGGCGGCUCAGAGGAAGCAGGAGGAGUACCAGAAGGCGCUGCGAGUCAUUGUCGGCUUCGUUGUGACAUUCGUGGCCAUCAUCGCCGGGGCCGUGUUAGUCAUCAACCGCAAGCUGAAGGCUGCUGGACUGUACUAUUCAGACCCUAAUGCGAAGGCCACGUGCUGCAGCAACUAG